AUGAUGAUCGUUUCCAGCAAAAUAUUCUCUUCACUUCGGUUUUUCACUCUUUUAUCUCUCUUUGCAGUUACUUUUGCUUCCACUGAGCAAGCAAUUGCCCUCUUGAAAUGGAAAGCAACUUUCAAGAACCAGAAUAAUUCCUUAUUGGCUUCAUGGACGCCGAGUUCUAAUACAUGUGAAGACUAUUUUAAUGCAUGCACGGACUGGUAUGGAGUUAUAUGCUUUAAUGGGAGGGUAAACACGUUGACUAUUACAAAUUCUAGUGUCAUUGGUACACUCUAUGCUUUUCCGUUUUCAUCCCUCCCUUUUCUUGAAAAUCUUGAUCUUAACAUGAACAAUUUCUCAGGCACCAUUCCACCUGAGAUUGGUAAUCUCACUAAUCUCGUCUUUCUUAACUUGAACAUCAAUCAGUUUUCUGGCUCUAUUCCUGCUUCAUUGGGGAAUUUGAGCAACUUGUCUGUUUUGUAUCUUUAUGAUAAUCACUUUUCUGGCUCUAUUCCUCUAGAGAUAGGUUACCUAAGGUCUCUUUCUAAGCUAUCUUUGGGUAUGAACUCUCUUAAUGGCUCUAUUCCUGCUUCAUUGGGGAAUUUGAGCAACUUGUCUGUUUUGUAUCUUUAUGAUAAUCACUUUUCUGGCUCUAUUCCUCUAGAGAUAGGUUACCUAAGGUCUCUUUCUAAGCUAUCUUUGGGUAUGAACUCUCUUAAUGGCUCUAUUCCUGCUUCAUUGGGGAAUUUGAGCAACUUGUCUGUUUUGUAUCUUUAUGAUAAUCACUUUUCUGGCUCUAUUCCUCUAGAGAUAGGUUACCUAAGGUCUCUUACUGAGCUAGAAUUGAGUAGUAACUCGCUUAAUGGCUCUAUUCCUGCAUCAUUGGGGAAUUUGAGCAACUUGUCUGGUUUGUAUCUUCAUAAUAAUCACCUUUCUGGCUCUAUUCCUGCAUCAUUGGGGAAUUUGAGCAACUUGUCUGGUUACCUAAGGUCUCUUAGUUUCCUACAUUUGAGUAAUAACUCUCUUAAUGGCUCUAUUCCUGCUUCAUUGGGGAAUUUGAGAAAUCUGCAAACUCUGAUUCUCAGUGAUAACAAUCUCACUGGGGAGAUUCCUUCAUCAGUGUGCAAUCUGACAUCACUGAAAGUGUUGUUUAUGUCGAGAAACAACUUGACAGGAAAAGUUCCACAAUGUUUGGGUAAUAUCAGCGGCCUCCAGGCUUUGAUGAUGUCACAUAAUAAUUUCAGUGGAGAGAUCCCUUCAUCUAUUUCCAAUUUAACAUCACUACAAAUUCUAGAUUUGGGCAGAAACAAUCUGGAGGGAGCAAUUCCACAAUGUUUUGGCAAUAUUAGUAGCCUCCAGGUUUUUGAUAUGCAGAAUAACAAACUUUCUGGGACUCUUCCAACAAAUUUUAGCAUUGGAAGUUCACUUAUAGGUCUCAACUUUCAUGGCAAUGAACUCGAGGGGGAAAUCCCUCGAUCUUUGGCCAAUUGCAAAAAGCUGCAAGUUCUUGACCUAGGAGAUAAUCAUCUCAAUGACACAUUCCCCAUGUGGUUGGGAACUUUGCCAGAGCUGAGAGUUUUAAGAUUGACAUCGAAUAAAUUGCAUGGACCCAUAAGAUCUUCAGGUGCUGAAAUCAUGUUUCCUGAUCUUCGAAUCAUAGAUCUCUCUAACAAUGCCUUCUCGAAAGACUUACCAACGAGUCUGUUUCAACAUUUGAAAGGCAUGACGACUAUUGAUCAAACAAUAAAGGUACCAAAUUAUGAAGGAGGUGGAUUCUACUACCAAGACUCGGUGGUUGUUGUAACAAAGGGAUUGAAGCUUGAAGUUGUGAAAAUUUUGUCUUUGUACACAGUUAUUGAUCUUUCAAACAAUAAAUUUGAAGGACGUAUUCCUAGUGUUCUAGGAGAUCUCAUAGCUCUUCGGGUAUUGAAUAUGUCUCAUAAUGGAUUGAAAGGUCAUAUACCACUAUCACUUGGAAAUUUAUCUGUAGUGGAGUCCUUAGACCUUUCGUUUAACCAGCUUUCGGGAGAGAUACCACAACAACUUGCUUCUCUUACGUCUCUUGAAUUCUUAAAUCUCUCCCACAAUUAUCUCCAAGGAUGCAUCCCUCAAGGACCCCAAUUUCAUACCUUUGAGAACAGUUCAUUUGAUGGUAAUGAUGGAUUACGUGGAUUCCCCGUUUCAAAAGGUUGUGGCAAUGAUCCUGUGUCAGAGACAAACUAUACAGUGUCUGCGCUAGAAGAUCAAGAAAGAAAUUCUGAAUUUUUCAAUGAUUUUUGGAAAGCCGCUCUGAUGGGCUAUGGCAGUGGACUAUGCAUUGGCUUAUCCAUAAUAUAUUUCUUGAUCUCAACUGGAAAUCUAAGAUGGCUUGCAAGAAUCAUUGAAGAACUGGAACACAAAAUUAUCAUGCGAAGGAGAAAGAAGCAGCGAGGCCAAGGGAAUUACAGAGGAAGAAAUAAUCGCUUCUAA